UCCUCAAUUAAUAAACUCCUCUCCUCGCGGCAAACGACAAAGACGAGACCUUUGAAGGCUUCUUCCUCCCAACUUCUUCACUUCGUUCAGUACUCAUACCAGUCCACUCCCUUCCACUAUGUAGCAGGAUAAGAAGUAUCGCCGGUGAUAGUUUCCGAUCCUCUCUUCUCCUCGACGAUGGCGAUCAACGCCGCCGUCGAUGAAACGGAUCCUCUGCUCGCCAAACACAACCGCACUAUCUCCAAAUCAACCUCCCAGCUCGCCCUCGUCGGCUCACGCGUCUGCCCCAUAGAAAGCCUCGACUUUGAGAUCGCUGAAAACGAGCUGCUAAACCAGGACUUGCGUGCGCGCAGCGACCGGGUUGAGUUCUUCGGGUACUUGAUUCUCAAAUGGGUCCUCUGCUUCAUAAUCGGCGUUCUCUCCGGCUGCGUGGGGUUUUUCUUCAACCUCGCUAUCGAGAACAUCGCAGGCGUUAAGUUCGUCGUCACAUCCAACAUGAUGCUUGCCAACAGGUAUCUCUGGGCAUUCGGAGUAUUUGGAGCUUCAAAUCUGGUUCUGACGAUGUUUGCUGCGAUCAUCACCGCCUUCAUUGCGCCGGAGGCUGCGGGGUCGGGGAUACCGGAGGUGAAGGCUUAUUUGAAUGGCAUUGAUGCUCCGGAGAUAUUCUCUUUCCGAACUCUGGUUAUAAAGAUAGCUGGUUGCAUCAGUGCAGUAUCAUCGUCGCUCCAUGUAGGUAAGGCAGGUCCAAUGUUGCAUACCACAGCAUGUAUUGCUUCUUUGCUGGGGCAGGGGGGAUCUUGCAAAUACCGGCCGGCAUGCCGGUGGCUUAGGUGUGUAAAAAAUGACAGAGACAGGAGAGAUCUGGUGACCUGUGGAGCUGGAGCUGGUAUUGCAGCUGCCUUCCGUGCACCAAUUGGUGGAGUGCUUUUUGUGCUUGAAUCACUUUCUUCAUGGUGGAGAUCCACGCUACUAUGGAGAGCAUUUUUCACAACAGCUGUUGUUCUUGUUGUGCUCAGGACACUUAUAGAUUUCUGCAAAAGUGGCAAGUGUGGCUUGUUUGGAAAGGGAGGACUUAUAAUGUUUGAGGUGACUGCAGAGAGUGUUUCCUAUCAUCUGGUGGACUUGCCUCCAGUCAUUUUUCUAGGUGUUAUUGGUGGCAUUCUCGGUAGUCUAUACAAUUUUCUCUUAGACAAGGUUCUUCGAUUUUACACUCAUAUCAACGAGAAAGGCCGUGCAUAUAAGCUGCUUCUUGCUGCCUGUGUAUCCAUUUUCACAUCUUGCUGUCUGUUUGGAUUACCAUGGCUAGCAUCUUGUAGACGAUGCCCAGGUGGCAUAUCUGAAGCUUGCCCAACAAUAGGAAGAUCUGGAAACUUUAAGAAGUUUCAAUGCAGUAUUGAUCACUACAAUGAUCUUGCUAGCUUAUUUUUCAACACCAUUGAUGAUACAAUAAGAAAUCUCUACAGUGCUGGCACAGAUAGAGCCUUCAGCAAGUAUUCUAUCCUCCUUUUCUUUGUCACUUCUUAUUUUCUUGGAAUAGUGAGCUAUGGCCUUGUGGCUCCAUCUGGUCUUUUCAUGCCUGUAAUCUUGACUGGCGCAACUUACGGUCGCCUUAUUGGAAUGCUCAUGGGCUCAAACUCAACUUUAGAUCAUGGCCUCUUUGCAGUGCUUGGUUCUGCAUCUUUUCUAAGUGGAUCUAUGAGAAUGACUGUUUCUGUAUCUGUUAUCCUACUUGAACUAACCAAUAAUCUCCUAUUGCUUCCUCUAGUGAUGGUAGUUGCGCUCAUAUCGAAAACUGUGGCCGACUGCUUUAACACGAACAUCUACGACAUGCUUGUUAAAUUGAAAGGCUUUCCUUUACUUCAUAGACAUGUAGAUUCUUACAUGGGCCAGCUUACAGUUGGUGAUGUUGUUACUGCUCCAUUACAGAUGUUUAAUGGCGUAGAAAAAGUUGGUAACAUAGUUCACAUUUUGAAAACAACUGGUCAUAAUGGAUUUCCAGUGAUAGAUAAACCUCCAUUUUCAGAGUCACCUGUACUAUAUGGUCUUGUUCUUCGCAUGCACCUUCUUGUGCUGUUGAAGAAAAGGUGUUUUCUGUCUUCUCAGUUACCUUCUCAAAUCAAUACUUCUGAGCAGUUCUCAGCUGAUGACUUUGUGAAAGGGAGCUCAGGCAGGCGUGAUAGUAUAGAUGAUAUUUUAUUGACAGCUGAAGAGAUGGAGAUGUUUAUUGAUUUGCAUCCAUUCACAAAUACUUCACCUUAUACUGUUGUUGAGACUAUGUCUUUGGCUAAAGCUCACUUACUUUUCCAUCAAAUCAGUCUAAGACACCUUCUGGUUAUUCCAAUGCUCAAUUCUCAGAGGAUGCCUGUGGUGGGAAUAUUAACAAGGCAUGAUUUCAUGCCUGAGCAUGUUCUUCAGUUGCAUCCUUUUCUGGUUGGAGGAAGGAGUAAGUUAUUGCAGUUCAGGAAAUCGACUGAAUUUCUUAGAGACAUCUGCUGAUAACUGAAUUUAAGAUCAGAAUGAUCUUAAGAAAAGAGGAAGUUUUGUAAACAUACAGAAAUCAUGUUGAUGCUUAAAGUUGAAGAAGCUUCAGAUUUUGUU